AUGCCCAGAAAUGAGAUGAUAUCCAGACAAGGACGGGGCCAGCGCGACGACAAUUUAAAGGAAAUUCUCCCGGAAACAGUGUUUAUCCGCGUAACCGAGCCAAUGGCCACGAGUCAAAUUGGGAUUUCCCAUCGCGGUGCUGGCAGGACCUCCGAAUGGCGGGAACUUGUCGUUUGCCUUAGUCAGCUUUCCAGGAUGCUCCUUCAACGUCAAGGCCUACCUCCCCCCCCUCUUGCCCUCAAUCUCUCCGCGGCCUUCCUCCCCCCCACCUCGUCGGACCUCUCUCUUUCCCACUUUCUCCCUCUCCCCAACAUCGUCUUUUUCAACACAAUGCGGCCGCAGCUGUUCCGUGCGGCCGCCCGGUCUCUCCGGGUGCCCAGAGCCCGUGCCUUCGCGACAACAGCCCCUCGCGCCGCUGAGGUGGAAUUGACCAUUGAUGGCAAGAAGGUGUCGGUUGAAGCCGGUUCGGCUCUUAUUCAGGCUUGCGAGAAAGCCGGUGCCACCAUUCCCAGAUACUGCUACCACGAAAAAUUGUUGAUUGCAGGAAACUGUCGUAUGUGUCUCGUCGAAGUCGAGCGUGCCCCCAAGCCUGUCGCGUCCUGCGCCUGGCCCGUUCAGCCUGGUAUGGUUGUGAAGACGAAUUCUCCUCUCGUACACAAGGCGAGAGAGGGUGUGAUGGAGUUCCUUUUGGCCAACCACCCGCUUGAUUGCCCCGUUUGCGACCAGGGUGGAGAGUGUGAUCUUCAGGACCAGUCAAUGCGCUAUGGCUCUGACCGUGGUCGUUUCCACGAGGAGGGCGGCAAGCGUGCCGUGGAGGACAAGAAUAUCGGACCCCUGGUCAAGACCUCGAUGAACCGUUGCAUUCACUGCACUCGUUGUGUGCGUUUCAUGAAUGACGUGGCUGGCGCUCCCGAACUCGGCACCACUGGACGUGGUAACGACAUGCAGAUCGGCACCUACUUGGAGCAGAACCUCAACUCCGAGUUGUCCGGCAACGUGAUUGACCUUUGCCCCGUCGGUGCUCUGACCUCCAAGCCUUAUGCUUUCCGCGCCCGUCCUUGGGAGUUGAAGCACACCGAAUCCAUCGAUGUCCUCGACGCCCUUGGUUCUAACAUCCGAAUUGAUAGCCGCGGUAUGGAGGUGAUGCGCAUUCUCCCCCGUCUCAACGACGAUGUCAACGAGGAGUGGCUCAACGACAAGUCCCGCUUUGCUUGUGACGGACUGAAGACUCAGCGUCUUACCACUCCCCUCAUUCGCCGCGAUGGCAAGUUUGUUCCCGCUACUUGGGAGCAGGCUCUGGCCGAGAUCGCCGAGGCCAAGCAAAAGCUGCAGCUCCAGCCCAACGAGUUCAAGGCUGUGGCCGGUCACCUCGUUGACACCGAGACUCUGGUCGCUAUGAAGGACAUGGCCAACAAGCUUGGUUCGGACAACCUCGCUCUCGACCAGCCCGGCGGCAGCGCGCCCAUCGCUCACGGCAUCGACGUUCGCUCCAACUACCUGUUCAACUCCAAGAUCUACGGUAUCGAAGAGGCCGACGCUGUUCUGCUGGUCUCCACCAACCCUCGCCACGAGGCUUCCGUGUUGAACGCUCGCAUUCGCAAGCAGUACCUUCGCUCCGACAUGGAGAUCGGUCUGGUUGGCGAGGAGUUUGAGAGCACCUUUGAGUACAAUCACCUCGGUGCCGACGUCUCCGCCCUGAAGACCGCUCUGUCUGGCGAGUUUGGCAAGAAGCUGGCCAGUGCCAGCCGACCCAUGAUCAUUGUUGGUAGCGCCGCCGCUGAGCACGCUGACGCCAAGGCCAUCUUUGAGACCGUCGGAAACUUCGUCGAGAAGCACGCUAAGAGCUUCAACACCCCCGAGUGGCAAGGAUACAACGUUCUCCAGCGUGCUGCCUCCCGCGCCGGUGCCUACGAGGUUGGCUUCACUGCUCCCUCUACCGAGGUCGCGCAGACCACUCCCAAGAUGGUGUGGCUCCUGGGUGCCGACGAGAUUGCCCAGAGCGAGAUCCCCAAGGAUGCCUUUGUCGUCUACCAGGGCCACCACGGUGACCGUGGUGCUCAGCUCGCCGAUGUUGUUCUUCCCGGUGCUGCUUACACCGAGAAGUCCGUCACUUACCUCAACACCGAGGGUCGUGUGCAGAUCACUCGUGCCGCCACAUCGAUGCCCGGUGCUGCCCGUGAGGACUGGAAGAUCAUCCGUGCCUCUAGCGAGUUCCUGGGUGUUCCCCUUCCUUACGAUGAUGUCGAGGCUCUCCGUGACCGCAUGGAGGAGAUUAGCCCCGUCAUGCGCCGCUACGACGUUGUCGAGCCCACAUCUGUCAGCACUUUGAGCAAGGUUCAGCUUGCGGACCAGAACAAGGGCGCCUCGGCUACCGGCGCUCCCUUCCAGAAGGUUAUUGAGGACUUUUACUUCACCGACCCUAUCUCCCGAAGCUCCCCCACCAUGGCUCGCUGCUCGGCUGCCAAGGCUACUGGCAACCCUGAGACCAACUUCAUGGCUGCCGGUGAGAUGUCUCCCCAAGCUCUGUACGGUUAA